AUAAGCCUGUCCAACUUGUUUUCUUACUUCCUCUUGAGGUCUCUUGUCAUUUGUUGAGUCAUUUCAGCAAGUACAUUUGUACAGUCCGUGGUACAAUCCCCACCUGAAAGAUGGCAGUGAAUGUGUUUAACACUGGUGUAACAUCUGAUAACCUGAGCCGGCAUGAAAUGGUGUCAUGGGUGAACGACAGCCUUCAGCUCAAGUACGCAAAGAUUGAGGACCUUUGCACAGGUGCAGCAUACUGCCAGUUUUUGGACAUGCUAUUCGAAAAUUGUGUUCCAAUUAAGAAGGUGAAGUUUGAUGCCAAGCUGGAACAUGAGUACAUCCAGAACUUCAAGAUCUUACAAGAAGGUUUCAAGAAAACUGGAGUUGACAAGAUUAUUCCAGUGGACAAACUUGUGAAGGGAGGAUUCCAAGACAACUUCGAGUUUGUGCAGUGGUUCAAGAAGUUCUUUGAUGCCAACUAUGCUGGCCAGGAGUAUGACGCUGUAAGGGCUAGAGGUGGUGUGGAGGUGGUGGCAAAGCCCACCAAGAAACCAGUGGCUGGAGCAGCACCUGGUGGUAGGAGCGUUAAAGAUAAGGAGGUUGCAAACUUGUUGCUUGAACAGGAGGAGCUGGAGACAACAAUUGAAGGGUUGAAGAAGGAGAAGGUUUUCUGGUUCAGCAAGCUGCAAAAUAUCGAGGUGCUCUGUCAAGAGGGCGAAACCAUUGACACCUCCAAAAUCACAGACGUGCUUUAUAAGGAGGGGGACAAUGCUAGUGAUGAAGCUGGCAAGCCCAUCAAGAAUCCAAUGGCUGGAGCAGCAUCUGGUGACUUGGACAACAUAACAAAGAAGUUGGGGAAAUUACGAACGACGAUUGAAGGGUUAGAGAAGGAGAGGGAUUUCUACUUCGGCAAGCUGCGAGACAUCGAGGUGCUCUGUCAGGAAGAUCCGACCAAACCCAUUGACACCUCCAAAAUCUUAGCUGUGCUUUAUGCAACAGAGGAGGGGUUCAAUGCACCAGAGGACAUUGGGGAUGGAAAUGAUGAAUAAUGUGGACUGCCUUUGCUUCAAUCAGGACUUAUAAACAACGUUAAUACCACAACAAUUUCAAGUGAUAACUCAGCAUUGAAAGUACAGUUUCAUGUUCUUUGCUUGUAUAUCAUCUUUGGCAGCAUCUUCAAGUGAGUAAGGUACAUGUACAAUCUGAACAAUCAAAACAUUGUCAAAGGAAAUCUCUCCUCUUAAUAAAAAGUCCUUGAGCAAA